CCACAUGCCUGGGAAGCCAGGGGCCAACAUGGAUCUUCCCCUGGACAUCAGCUGAGCCUGUUAGCCUUGCUUCGGGAGACUAUGGAAGGGGACAGCCGCAGGAAUGCUUCCCCGGCAAGAGCGUCCCCGGCCCGGGCUGCCCCGGCCCGAGCGUCACCUUCCAGGUCCUCAUCCGGCAGGUCCUCGUCUGCCAGGUCCUCAUCUACCAGGUCCUCUUCUGCGAGGUCAGCCUCUGUGACGUCCUCUCCGACCAGGGUGUACCUUGUGAGAGCAACUCCGGUUGGGGCAGUACCCGUCCGAGCAUCUCCUGCCAGGUCACCGCCGGCCGCCAGGGCCGCUGUGGAGAGCCCAGGUCUCAGUCUGCCCAAGUUCAACUGGCAGGAGACCAGGAAGCGGCUGCCGCUCAUCGGGUGCAUCAUCCUCCUCAUCGGCCUCGUAGUGUCCCUCAUCAUGCUCUUCCACUUCUGGCGGGGCCACACAGGGAUCAAGUACAAGGAGCCGAUAGAGAGCUGCCCUAUGCAUGCUGUUCGCUGUGAUGGAAUCGUGGACUGCAAGCUGAAGAGUGACGAGCUGGGCUGUGUGAGAUUUGACUGGGACAAGUCUCUGCUUAGAGUCUACUCUGGAUCUUCCCAUCAGUGGCUUCCCAUCUGCAGUGACAGCUGGAAUGAGUCCUACUCAGAGAAGACCUGCCAGCAGCUGGGCUUUGAGACUGCUUACCGGACAAUCAAGUUGCCCCGUAGGGACUUUGCCAACAGUUUCUCAGUCUAUAAAUACAACUCCACUCUCCAGGAAAGCCUCUACAGGUCUCAGUGCCCUUCCCAGCAGUAUGUCUCUCUCCAGUGUUCCCACUGUGGACUGAGGGCAAUGACUGGGCGGAUUGUGGGUGGGGCACUGUCCCCAGAGAGCAAGUGGCCCUGGCAAGUUAGUCUCCACUACAGCACCACCCACAUUUGUGGGGGCACGCUGAUCGACGCCCAGUGGGUGCUCACUGCCGCCCACUGCUUCUUUGUGACCCGGGAGAAGAUCCUGGAAGGCUGGAAGGUGUACGCAGGCACCAACAACCUGCACCAGUUGCCUGAGGCAGCCUCCGUCUCCCAGAUCAUCAUCAAUGGCAACUACACGGAUGAGGAGGAUGACUACGACAUUGCCCUCAUGAGGCUCUCCAAGCCCCUGACCCUGUCAGCUCACAUCCACCCUAUCUGCCUGCCCAUGCACGGACAGACCUUCAGCCUCAACGAGACCUGCUGGAUCACUGGCUUUGGCAAGAUCAAGGAGACAGAUGAGAAGACAUCGCCUUUCCUCCGGGAGGUGCAGGUCCGCCUCAUCGACUUCAAGAAGUGCAACGACUACCAGGUCUACGACAGCUACCUCACCCCAAGGAUGAUGUGUGCGGGGGACCUGCAGGGAGGCAGGGACUCCUGCCAGGGAGACAGCGGAGGACCCCUUGUCUGUGAGCAGAACAACCGCUGGUACCUGACAGGGGUCACCAGCUGGGGCACAGGCUGUGGCCAGAGGAACAAGCCUGGGGUUUACACCAAGGUGACAGAAGUCCUCCCCUGGAUUUACAGCAAAAUGGAGAGUGAGGUGCGCUUCCGGAAAUCCUAAGCAGCAGCCCUUCUCCCUCUCGCGGCACAGGCUGCUGUGAAGACUCUGGCAGAAGUGACUGGGCCAAGUGCAGCAGCAUUUGGGAACAGGCCGACACGCACCCUCGUCACUGGCACCUUGUUACCGUCUGCUGCCUCCAUGGAUGUGUGAUGUGUGUGUGUGUGCAUGUGUGUGUGUGUGCAUGUGUGUCUGUCUGUCUGCUCUCCCAAGUUCUCCAGAAACCAGGAGAGCUACUCUUCUUGAAACCCCAGGCUGGAAAUCCUCUGGAGACACCAGCUUGGGCACUGUGGAUGGCCCAUCAGGGGUGUCCGUGGAUGAUGGAGGAGAUGGAGCCCAGGGAAGGACCAGCUCAGAACGAGCAGAAAGCCCCGCAGCCUGGGUGUCACCACUGUUGUCCUGGGACUGAUGGCCGGCUUUAUUGGAGUCCCAGCUUCCCAGUGCCUGGACGGGCCUUAGUGGAAAGAUGUCCCCUUUGGCAUUACAAGCAUCCAACGCUCUCUCAGAUGUCCCGCUGGUGCCACGGAUAUUGAGAGCGGGGCUGGGCCGUGGCUGUCCAGGCUGACAGCUGUGAAUAGGGCUCACCGUGCUUGUUUGGCUACAAGCUGUGGCAGAUUUUAUUUUAUUUUUUGUAUUAAGAAAUGGAAACAUAGGCAUUUUUAAAGAUCUUCCAAACAUUCUAGGAAUUGAGAGCUAGCUAGCUCCAAGAACACCAAGGGACUCAUGGGGAGUUGGCACAUUCUAGAAUCCAGAGAAACGUUCCUGGCUCUGGGCAAGAGGUGUUGGACAGAGUCCUCAAGCUGGACGUUUCCUAAGUCAGCUCAGCCUCUGGGUCCCCUUUAAGAUACUCAGGGAAGUGAGUCGUCCUUUGGGCUGGCAGGUAAAUCCAACCCAGAGAGAGACACACACAACUGCUGCUUCCAGGGGCUAGAACUGGGAAUGAGGAUGUGGCUGCUGCUCCCACUUGGGUUCCAGGAACUGCGGGAAAACCCAGGUGCAUGGGCGUCCCUCGUACCUGGGGGAUUUUCCUGAGCUGCUGGGACCUUGGGUUUCCUUCUCAGCUUUCUCUACCUUUCAUUUUCUUGGUUGUUUCUGAAACAUAGCAGUGACACAGGAACUUCUGUGGAGAAAACGCUGUCUGCACUGUUGUCUUCCAAGCAGCCCUUCUUAAGUGCCCGAGUUGGCCCUGGGAGCCCUUAGAGUGCCUGGCCUUCUGGUCAGUGGAAGGCCUGGGCCUCCCCCAGCCUUUGUUCAGGGGCACCUUGCUCCCCCAGUCCCCACUCUCCUCACCUUCCUCGCGUCUGUCUGGGCCCCUUCAUGUGCUGUGACUCCACAGGCUGGGCCCACGCAGAUCCACCUGGG